CCUGGGCCCGCUAGGACGCUUACCCGCCCCGGACCCCUCUCCUCCUCCUCCCCGGUUGCUCGGCCAUGGCCUCACGCCUCUGCCUGUGCCUCCUGCUCUCCGCCGCCGCCGCCACGUCUCCGGGCCGCCUGGUUCCCUAUGACCUGCUGUACAUGGACGGCGUGCGGGCGUACUUCGCCCGGGACUGGGCUCGGGCGGCGGAGCUGCUGCAGCGCUCCCUGCACAGCUACGCGGGGCUGCGGGCGGCCCUCCGUGCCUGCCGCGCCGCCUGCCGCCGGGAAGCGGCUUUCCUCGGCGGGCCGUCGGGGGCCGGGCCGUGGGAGGCAGCCCUGUUCGGGCCGGUGCUGCAGCGCGCUGACUGCCUCCAGCACUGCCUGGGCCGCCGGCUGGGCACCGCGCCGUCCGCGCACCGCGCCAGCCGCACCAUCCGCCGAGACUUCGAGCGUCGGGAGCCCUACAACUACCUCCAGGUGGCCUUCUUCCAGCUGAAGAAGCUGGAUCAGGCUGUAUCUGCCGCUCACACCUUCUUCGUCGCUAAUCCCCAGCACCUCCAAAUGCGGGAGGACAUAGAGAAGUACCGGCGGAUGUCAGGGGUGAGGUUGGACAACUUCCGAGACCUGGAGGCCACGCCACACUGGGAAGCCUAUGAGCUGGAAUGCAGCAUACGAUGCAUGAGGAGUACCUGCAAGGCCGUGGCCUGGCUGGAGGCGUCGCUCACGGAGGCGCUGUCAGCACUGGAAGAGUGUCGUGCCCUGUGUGAAGGGCCUUGGGGGGAGGGAGGAUAACGAGGAGGAAGAGAUGAGCCUGGCUUGUAUGAAUCCAUUGCAGCCCAUUAUAUUCAGUUUUAAUGCAGACAGCAGUUCGUCCUUGAAAUUGCCACAAAGCCAGGGCGAAUUUCUGCCACGGAAGAUUAUCCUUCUCGCUUGAUUUACUGCAGUUUUGCCUAUGAUCAAGUUGGGAACCAGGCGCUGGCUGCUGAAUGUGCUGCUUCCUACUUGCUCUUCUAUCCCACGGAUGAGCCAAUGUUGGAGAAGAUGAACCAGUAUCACAUAGAACUGGGAGAGGACACAGCUGUCACAGCCAGAGAGAGUAUUCAACAUUAUGUGCAGAGAUCUUUGAUGGAGAAGAAGUUGAUUUAUUAUGCAGUGGAGCAUCUAGGAGGAACUUUUAAUGACCCUGAUCUUUGGACUCCAGAUGAGCUAAUUCCUGAAAACCUAAAGGAGAAACACAGAGAGGAUCAGGAGAAGCAAAAGCAGGAAACUCUGGAUGUGGAAGAGAGGGAUAAGAGGGGGCCUUUGCCUUUUGAGGAUAUUGCUGUCACAAUGGAUUCUCAGCAGAUGAAUGGAACCCAGAGGGUUGUGUUUGACAGAGUGUUGACAGAGUCUGAAUGUAAGGACCUUCUCCGGCUGACAAAGGCUGCAGGAGAAGCAGGAGAUGGCUACCGGGCAAGACGGUCACCUCAUACCCCACACGAGAGAUUUGAAGGCUUAACUGUUCUGAGGGCCAUGCAGCUGGCCCAGAAUGGGGACGUGGACUGGAGAGACGCCAAAUUGCUUCUGCAGGCCAGUGAGAAAUCACGGAAAAUCAUAGAAUCCUAUUUUACUCCUGGAAAGAAACUGCAUUUCUCCUUCACGCACCUUGUGUGCCGCACAGCGGUGGAUGAGGAACAGGAAGGUCGCAUGGAUCUUAGUCACCCUGUCCAUGCUGAUAAUUGUCUCUUGGAUCCUGAGGGGCAAGAGUGUUGGAAAGAACCACCUGCCUAUGUGUACAGGGACUACAGUGGCAUUCUCUACCUCAAUGAUGACUUCCAAGGUGGAGGCCUUUUCUUCACUGAAAUGGACACUGUGACUGUCACAGUAAGUCUGGGAGGACUAAGGGGGAGAGAGGACAGAGUGUGA